AGCAGUGCGAACAUUGGCUUAAUAAAAGAGAAGAGGAGGGGGAGGGAGGGAGAAAGGAAGCUGUCAUUUGUCAAGGGGGGAUCCAUCUAUGCUGUCAUGGACAAAUAUCGACCAAAGAGACCAACUACCCUGGCCCUGUUCCCACAGCUGCCACAAGCCGGCACCCAGGACUCCAUCAACAACAAUUCUUUAGGCAAGGACAGCUGGAAAGACUCCCACUCUUCCUCCCCACAUAUCACAGGGGAUCUCGCUCCACCAGAUGUCCAACCAAAAGCUGAGGACAAAGUCCAGCACAGCACUCAGCGCCGGCCAGCACCCAAACCUCCAACAGCCAAUGUAUCCAACAGCAGAGCCAAUGGUCAGGCUGCUGCCACUGGCUCAGACACACGAGCUCGACCACGGGAACAAUCAAUGCCUGCAGCUAUGCAUACACAGUCUUCCCGCACACUAAGGAGCCAGAGGAGAGCAGGAAGUGGAGGAGGAAGAGGGGGAGGAAAAGGAGCAACAGCGAUGAGAGACAGGGGCCUGGGCGACCUCAGAGGAAAAGAUGGAGUGAUAGAUAGAAGAGGAGGACGACCGUGUGAUGAGUCAAAAACAAAAGACAAGAAUGGACAUCAGAGGCCAAGGGAAGAAAACGGACUGAAAGGCCGAGCAGCUGAUGGGAGAGGAAAAGGAGGUACUAAAGGAGGCAACAGAGGAAGCGCCUUAAAGUCGAAUAAAACUCUGUCUAAUAAGGAAGUCUAUCUGCCCGCUAUGGUGGUGCCACGCACACCCAUAGUACAGAGAAACCUGGAGACAACAAACCAAGACCAGAACCAUGACAGGACCCAGGACAACCCCUCUGUCCUCUCCCGGUCCAGCAGUGAGGGGGGGUCCAACAGGAUGUCCCUUAGCUCAGACACAGAAGGACCCCCAUCAGGGCCUCUGCAUCCCUCUCUGUCCUACCGAACUAACCCUGACAUCAGUGAAGAAGAGGGGGAGGGAGUUCCAACUCCAUGCCUAAACUUACAGAAUGAUCUAACGUGCUGUCCCACAGGUAACAGCAAAACGGACUGUACCACUGAAACAGGGGUAGACCCCGAGAAAGAAAAGGGUGACAAUAUCAUGGCCUCUGUGGUUAAUCAGACUGUAUCAAUCAGUGAAACCUCAACAGGGUUAAAUUAUGACUCUGUCAAAUAUACUCUGGUGGUGGAUGAACAUGCUCAGCUGGAGCUGGUGAACCUCAAGGACUGCUUGAAUGGUUACAACGAGCACAAUGAGGACAGUGAUGCAGAAACGGUCUAUCAGUCAGCCAAUGAGGAUGAAGACCCACAGUAUGUGGAGGAGAAGAAGAAAAAUGAGGAAGCAAAAAAGAAAGAGAGGAGGGAAGUGGCAGAAAAAAGAAGAAAUGAGGAAGAUGUGAAGAAGAGGAGGGAGGAGGAGGUGAAGAGGAGCAGGGAAGUCAUGCCAAGAUUCUGCAAGCUGUCCAAGGUAACAUCAUCCACAACGUCAGAGGAAGAAGAGUCGAAUGGUGGAAGAGCUUGUGCUCCCAUAAGCAGAAAGUUCCUCAACCUGUUUGCCAAGAACGACAGCCAGAACAGUGCCACAGGUGCUGGCUCGUUUGGUGUGUUCUCCUGUGUUCUGGAUGGAGUGGAGAGGCAACAGAGUCACAGAGCUGUCUACAGGUUUGUUCCUCGUCAUGCAGAUGAGCUGGACCUUGAAGCAGAUGACCCUAUCUUAAUGUUGAACCAGUCUAAGGACCUAUGGUGUCAGGGUUACAACAUGAGGACUGGGGCUAUAGGCAUUUUUCCUGCCUUUUAUGCUGUCAGGGUGCCCAAAGAAAUUGAGCAAGUUCAAAAGGAUGGUUGGAUUGAGAAGUUCCUGGUGCAAUAUCUGGGCUCCGUUCAGGUUCCCAUCUACACAGGCAAAGAUGUGCUGUGUGCUGCAAUGCAGAAGGUAGCAUACAACAGGCGGUCAGCGGGUCAGCCUCCAUCAGCCUGUGCACUGGAAGUCAGUGUGAAAGGGGUGAAGAUGAGUGUCCAGGAUCAGUGUCACUCUGCUCACAGGGGGGACCAGUGCUUCCAUUUCUUCCAGUUGAAAAAUAUUUCAUUCUGUGGCUGUCAUCCAAAAUACAGCAGGUACUUUGGCUUCAUCACCAAGCACCCUGACCAGCAGCGCUUUGCUUGUCAUGUCCUGAUGUCACAAACAACUUUACAUCCUUUAGCAGAAUCUGUCGGGAGGGCAUUCCAGCAGUAUUACAAGGAGCACGUCGGCUACUCCUGUCCCACUGAAGACAUCUUCAUUGAAUAAUGCCUCCUGUCCGUCCAUUCUAUGAAUUUAAUAUUCACUAUGUGCAUGUAAGCCUGGUCUUAUAUACCACCAACUGGAUUACCAAUAUAUCUUCUUUGCAUGGUGGAUUAUUUCUUUUCUAAGCUGCAUCCACUAAUACAGCAAGCUUCUCCUUCUUUUGGCCAUAUCACAAUAUGAAUAACUCUAUGGAUUGAUAGGGUCACGUGGGAUUUUUCAAGCCACAGAAAGUUACCAAUAGUUAAACAGAGAUAUUGAAUACUAAUGCAUUUUAUUUGCAAAAAUGAUCUUAAUUAACUAUGCAUGGAUACUGCAUAUAUACAGACUACCUUCAGAGCUACUCUAGCCCACAAAGCCAAAUCUCAGCAACUACAAAUGUUGUGAGAAAAAAUCUGAAUCAUCUUUCUGAUAUUAGCAAUUACCAUACAAACAAUCUGGCACCAUAGAAACAUGUCAAUAUCUGUCAAUGAUUGUAAGCAAUCUAAUGACACAAUGUUUAAAUAACAGUGUUAGUCGUUGAAUCACAUAACAUUGUAGGAGCUCAAAUAAAACACAUGAAUAAAAUCUCAUAAGAUUUAAAGUCGUGGUCCUAAAAACUAGCUGGAAGUGCAGCUUCUGAUUUUAUUUGAUUAAACAGCCUUUGAAGUACAUAUUUAAAUGUUCAGAGAUACAUAUAUUUAACUUUAGCUCAUACAUUCUGGGCAACAAAGCUUUAAGCAGAAUAAAAAUUAAAUUAUAUAACUUAAAUAUUUGUUAGAUUGUUUAAGAGCCUUAAAUUUAAGAGCCAGGUUGCUGUGGUUCAGGUAGGAGAGCAGGUGUCGACCAAUUUGGUUGGUAGAUCGAGCCCUGGCUCCUCCAGUCCACAUGUCAAAGUAUCCUCGGACGAGACACUCAACCCCAAGUUGCCCCUGAUGCAUCUGUGUGAAUGUGUAAAUGGGUGAAUAAGACUUGUGGUAGAAAGUCCUUUGAGUGCUCAUAUUGAGUAGAAAAGAGCUAUAUAAGUACCAGUCCAUUUAACAUUUAAUUGCUGUUUGCAUAAGUAAUCAUGUAUGACUUUUUAGGGUUGGUAUGGAGUUCAAUGAAAACAAAAAUUUUAAAUAAAUUCUUCCUGAACUUGCAAAGAGUGCGCAAAAGAAAAAAGUCACAUUGAUGAUUGAUUAUUCACAAAGAAAAGCAAACAACCACAAAUAACAGCAAAAUCACCCAAAAGAGACUUCAAAUAGACACAAAACAACUACCAAGAGAUGCAAGACGUAGGUGAGAGAACGUGUAACGUCUAUGAACACCAGCCAUUAGGAUUCAUGCUGUGGAAAGCAUGAUCAUUGACCACUCACAUGGCAGUCUGUCAACUAUUUGUAUAGUCUAUGAAACUGAUGGGUGACACUACACAGUUCAACAAAUGGAAAAACAAAAAAAUCUGGUUCUUCUAGUUAAACAAAUCUAGACAUUUUUACUGAUUUCCUCUUUUAGAGUGGGGAAAAAAAUUAUGCGAUGCCCUGCUGAAUUUGUAAAGUUUACUCGCUUAUAAAGAAAUGAACACUCUCAGAUGUUUAUGGUAGUUUCAUUUUAAUGGAGAAAGAAUGACACACAGAAAUCCAAAAUAAAAACAUAAAAGUUCUAAAUGUAUUUGGAUGACAUUGAGUGAAAUAUGUAUUGGAUUUCCAAGCUGUUUUCUAGUUCCCUCAAAUGUUGGAUAUUUGGAGUGUCAUUACUCCAGAGUUGAGUGCAUUCUUGUAGUAAAGUCAGAAACACAAGGAAAACUUUUUUUCUUCUUAGCAAGGUUGAGCCAUUUAUGUAUUGCUACCAAUACCAGACAAUACUUUUUUGCACUUUAAAACCCCACUGCAGCAACACUGGCUGUACGGAUGAAAGAUUUUACAGUUGUUCCACCGUUCGAUGUUCACUGCCAUCAUCUUGGACUGUUAACUUGGGGUUAAUGGGGCUGCGCUGAUGAGGUGAGGCAGUGUUCCAGUUGAAAAUUCCACAAAUUCCAUUGACUUGUGGACAUGGAAAACUACAUGUAUAAAGGCUAAUUUACACUGCCUGUAGCCCUGCUCUCAAAAGCUGACACAGAUGUAACUCUGUAUGUGUAGCUGGUUUUAAGAAAGAAGUGCUUAAAGUUCAAGUUUUUAGAAUAUGUGUAGCGCCAUCUUGUAUCAGUUACAGAACGUUACAUCAUCGGGUUGGUUGGAGUCAACAGACAUUACAUUAGUUUAUGUUAGCUAACUAGUAACACAAUCAAUAACUCAGGGGAAAAUAAGGACUGUAAAACUUUUGUGCUGCUUUUCCUCACCAGGCCUGAACUGCACAGUCAGCUGUUAAAACAGUUUCUCACAAGGUGUGAUCAGCAUCAUUUUAUGUAAUAAUAUUCUCUUUUCCCAAGCACAUCCAUACGUUUUUUGGGGGAGGGGUUGUCACACCACAAGCAUAACUAUGUUUUUUACCAAAACACAACUGAAAAUCUUAACCGCAUUAACGCGGCAAAUCUCCGUUAGCAAGUUAGCGCAGGUCGCCCCGUGCGUGGGGCUGCACGGCGUCAACGCAUUAGCGCGGUUAGUUCGUCAAUGCGUCAGCGACGUACAGCCCGGUAGCAGUGGCAGGCGCCUUUACUGGCAAUCGCAGCACUAAGAUGUUUCUUGUAGUUGGUCACCAUUUUUUCACACAUUUCAGCAGGGAUUAUGCGCCCACUCUUCUUUACAGAAAUUCUCCAAAUCCUUUAAUUUUCUCAGCUGCCUGUUGGCAGCUUCAAGCUUCAGUUCUGAUUCUCUCUACAGAUCAGAUUUAUAGGAUAGAGGUCUAGCGACUGGCCACUCCAUGAUCAUAAUGUUCACCUUUUUUAGCCACUCUGUUGUUUACUUGUUGGUAUUUAGAUCAUUUUCAUGCUUUAAGACCCGUGUAUGACCGAUCUUCGGUGUUCUAACUGAGGGAAGAAGGUUCUCAUCCAAGAUCUUACAGUACAGCCCUGUCCACUGGCCCACUCAAUGUGAUGAAGUGAUCCUGUACCCUUAAAAGAGAAACAGCACCAAUGCACAAUGCUCCCAUUUCCUUGCUUGACUGUAGGUAUGGUAUUCUUUGGGCCAUACUCUGUAUUUCUCUUCCAGCAAACACAGUGGGUUUAACUGUCACUAAACACCUCAGUAUUUUCUCCCAAUCCUUCUCUGAAUCAUUUAGAUGUUUGCUGACAAUCCUACCAUGGAUCUGUACACGUGCCUUCUUAAGCAGGGGGACUUUGCAGAUGUAGAAGAUUUACAGUGUAGUGUGUUACCAGUGGUGUCCCAGUGACUGUGGUUCCUUUUGGGCUGAUCCACCAACCUUGAGACUUUGAACAAUUUUUGCAAGAUUUUGCAUGGAGCCCCAGACCAAGGGCCAUUGAUAGUCAUUUUAUAUUUCUUCCAUUUCCCAAAAAAUUGUACAAAUAGUUGUCACCUUCUCACCAAGCUUCUUGCUGGUCUUGUAGCAUAUUCAAGCCUUAUGCAGGUCUACUGUAUUGUCCCUUUGGUCUUUCCCUUGUUAGUGGAGAGGCUGGAAUUGAAGAAAUUGUUUUGGUGGACAGGAGUAAUGUAUACACACAGCAAGUUGAGACCAGGAGUAUCUCCAGUCAACUGAUUGAUUGAUCUAUUGUAGUUUGUGUGCCACGUGGGCACUCAGAAAUCUGUGGGACCCAGAAUUCUUAGUGGGUUGUAGGGGAUCAAAUAUUUUUUUCACUCAGGGACAUGCAAAUCAAUUUAGGAUUUUUGUUUUUUGUUUUUUUCUUGGAUUUUUGGUUGACAUUUUGUUGCUCUCCAUUAGAAUGAAACUAACAUAGAAAUUAGAGACUGUUCAUUUCUUUGUAAGUGAGAAAAUCUACACAUUCAGCAGGGGAUCAAAUAAUUAUUUACCCCACUGUAUGUCACUGAACACUUAGACCACACUUUGAGCUCCAGGAACAUAGUCAUUAAUUUUGAUAUAUUACAAACAAGCUGAAUAGUUAGUAAAACAAGAAACUAGUGCAUGAAUGCUCUUUCUUAUUAUUAACAUUUGAUGUAACGGAGUGAUACAGGCACUUGAGUUCAAAUGAUAACGCUUUAUUUUACAAGUUUUAUAUUUUCCAGCUAAUGUGGUAAAAACAAAAGACUAUAAACUACAAGGAUAUUUUUUUAAACCCCUCAUAAAGCCCCUUUUAAACACUUUCUACUUUCCCCCACUCUUUCUUAUUUUCUCUGUAGUCAUUCACAACUUAAAGUAAGAUUUUAAAAAAUAGCUGUACUCAACUGAUCUAUUCUACCUGCUUAAAUGAUUAUGUGCAAUGAUGAUCAUCUCAGUGACGUAACUACAUUCUUUUGAUCAAACGAAAUUCUUUUGACAAUCUGUGAUUCAAGUUUAUUUUAAAGAUUCCCCAAGACAAUAUUUUAAAGGACAAUAAAAACAAAAAACAUUUCUAAAACUAUAAACUGUGUAUUUUCUGAACCCCAGACAUGAUAGUCUACUGUUGAUGAUCUUUGGAGUUCUUGUAAAGAUGUCUCAUUCGUCUUUUUGCUGCUUUCCCUUUUCUUCCAAAUGUGGCUCAACUUUAACUCUUCAUGCAGCUUUCUUUGACUGCGCACUGAUGUACUUGAUGCAGACUAAUAGGAAGGACCGCAUUAUUUUGAGCUGAGACAUUUUCUGUAUUGCUUAAAGCAUACAUACUCAAGCCUUGCUAACAGUUGGAGCUUUAAGUUAUCAAAAAGGAGGUAGAAAGUGGCGCAUGUGGUUUCACAAAUGGAAGCCACAUGUGCAGGUCAUGCUAGGUGGUUGGGUGGUGUGGACACCCAAGUUUAUGAAUGUGAUAACUUGAGCACAAGGUGACGUAGGAUUUUGAAAUUCAUGCCAUAGGGGCAGCUACUAAAAAUCUCAGAUGAGUUGGAAUCUCAGUGAAUCUUCAGUCAGAAGUAAAGUUUUCUGAAAAUCCUGUGAAUACGACAACUUAAGAACAAGGGUGAUGGAGGAUUUUCACAAACUACUAAAUAUCUUGGACAAGUGUGAAUCUCAGUGACCUGGACCUCAAGGUGAAGGUCAGAGGUCAACUUUUCUGAAAAUCUUUCUGAAUGCAAUAAUGCAAGAAGGAAUUCACCCAGGAUUUUGAAAUUGAUACGAUAGGUGCAUCUUCUAAAACUCUCGGACAAAUUUGAAUCCCGGUGACCUAGACCUUAAGGUCAGAGGUCAUUUUUUCUGAAAAUUCAAACUUAUACAAUAAGGGGGCUCUACUAGGAGGCUGAGGCAGUAGCAGUGGCGGGCGCCAGCAUUUUCUGUUCUAGGUGGUGUUUCACUUUCUUACUGGGGUAAAUCACCAUGAUAAAUGGUAAAAUGGUAAAUGGCCUGUAUUUGUAUAGCGCUUUACUUAGUCCCUAAGGACCCCAAAGCGCUUUACACGUUCAGUCAUCCACCCAUUCACACACACAUUCACACACUGGUGACGGCAAGCUACGUCGUAGCCACAGCUGCCCUGGGGCGCACUGACAGAGGCGAGGCUGCCAAUCAGUUAUCAUGAUAUAUGAUAACUUGAAAUCACUGCCUACUGACCAAUCAGUUCUCCAGAAGAUAGCAUUAGCAUUUCUGGAAGAUCCCUCGUAUCUCUGUGGGGUGUAGGAGAAUGCAAGGUUUUUCAGUUGAACCUGAUGUCUUAAUGUUAGAUGCAACAUUAUUCUUUGAAUUAUUUUUUUCUGUUGACAGAAAACAGUUUUACAGGUGUUUUAGUGUUCUAUGAGCAUUAAUAUAGGAUGCUAAAACAGUACACCUGCACUAUACUUGCUGACCUCAAAUCACUUUUGCAUGUAGACUAAGCCUAUUUUUAAAUUCUGUUUUAACACUAAUCCUUACUCUCUGACCCCUAAACAAUGUUUAUGUUUUUUAGUGCAAGUUUUUAAGCUGUAGUUCAUCGUUAAUUGUUAAUCUUGUGAUUUUGCACACAGAACAAAAAACAAGGUAAAAGACAUUUUGUUGCAGAUUAAAAGUACAUACAACAAUAUUUAAUAUUUUUUCCAAAUCACCAAACUAAUACACGAACAUGCCUGUGGCAAUGUGACCCGCAGUUUUGAUUCUUCGAGCUGUAGACCCUGUUUAAGGGUUUGAGAGAAAACACUAAAUAUAAAAACAGAAUUCAAAGGUAGUCUACUUACAAAUUUCAUAUGAGGUCAGCAAGUACAGUGUAGGUGUCCUGUUUUAGGAUCAGAUAUCAAUGCCAAUAAAACAAUAACAUUCCUUGUUACGGUGACAUAAAAAAUCAAAGAAUAAGUUUUCAUCUAAAAGUUAUUUUUUAUUACUGAUGCUCAUUAAGGAAACAAAGACAGUUCAUGCUAGUAAAAAUCGUCCUCUUAUUAAUGCACAGAGGUCCGAGUGACCUUGCAGGCAUGGUAAUGCUAUUUUCUGUAGUACUGAAUGGUCAGUAGGCAGUGAUUUUAUACCUCUUGAUCUCUAAUCAGGAUUUUAACCUACAGGUUAGGUUCACAGCAUAAGCACGUGGCGAUUUACCCCGGUUAGAAAUGUACCACCUUUGUAGUGCAAAACACUGAGGGUGAACCCUGAAGUUCCCUGGAUAAGCUGGAAUCCUGCUUACUAGUUUAGGCCUCUGGUCAUAUAAAAUGUAGACAGCUGUUCUGCUACCCAGUUGUGGCAAAAAUGUACUUACUGCAGUUAUAAGAUCAGGAAUUUGAAUCUUUGGUCUUCUAUUAAAUGUAUAUGGAAUAAAAAGAUUUGAGCAGAUUAAGCCAGUUGCUUAAUCUAUAUCAGAGCAACAGUGCCUUUUUUUUCUAUUUUAUUUUCUGGUGUAAUGAUGAUGGCUUUCCUCUUUGUCACAGAAUCGAAAUAAAAGCAACAGCCAGUUACAGACAAGCAGUCUUGUGGCUGGACAGGACUUUAAAAGAGGGACAGAGAGGGUGGAGCUCUUACUAAGGAAAGCAUAUAAUUGUAUGGAUGAUCCCCGACCAAAAACAGACAUUAAAAGCAAAAAUUCUGGGGACUGAAAAUAGGCAUCUGUCUGCUAUUAUAGGUGGUGUGUUUUGCCCAAAUAUUAGAAAAAGACAAUCAGUGCUUCAUCUUGGACUCCUCAUGCUGUCAGUCUUCUUGUAUGGGCACUUCUGCAACUUGUCCAUGAGAUUCACUAAUAGGAGCAUAGCAGCUGCUGUCCUAGCACAGUAAAGACAGGCUAAAGGACAGGUGAUCUAUAUGCUCCUCUUCGCAUAAAACCUGAAUUUUUCAGGACAACCAAAACAAGAUGGCCUGCAUCAAACACACUGUGUCACACCAUUCUUGGCUUACAUGUUUGUUUCAAGAAUUACAUUUGCAUUACACAAAGUAUAUAAGACAGCAAACUUUGUUUGUUGGUUAACUCAAAUAUGUACGACUGUGGCUGUCAUCUUAGCUGCAUCAUGGUGAGAGGCUGUACCAGAAAGUGCCCUAUGUAAUCCACUUCUGUGAUUCUGACGCCAUGGAGAUCAAGUGCACAUAACUCAAUAGAUAUAUCCUGUAUAGAUGUUUGUAUAGAAGUUAUUAUUGUAUGCUGCUGGUUUGACAAAAACCUGGGUGUGACACUGCAUAAUAUCAGUGUUGUAAAACAAAGUCAAGAUGAUGCUGGUGGUGGUUCUUGUCAAUAAAUCAUGUUUACAACUUAA